AUCAGUUGUCUUGAAGGACAUACAGACAAAGUGAACAGUUCAUCAUGGUUGUCGUGUGGAAGUAGGAUAGUGUCAGGAUCCUUGGACGGGACUGUGAGGGUGUGGGAGGCGAGCAGUGGUAAUCAGAUUUGUUGCUGUCAGGGAGAUUUCACAUGGGUUUUGUUUGUUUCGUCUUCAAGGGACGGGCAAAUGAUCGCUUCAGGAUGCUCAGACGGGACUGUGAGGGUGUGGGAGGCAAGCAGCGGUAAUGAAAUCAGCUGCUGUCAGGGACACUCCGGCAGUGUCACUUGUGCUUCAUGGUCUCCUGAUGGAAAGUUGAUUGCAUCAGGGUCCUCGGACGGGACUGCAAGGGUGUGGGAGGCGAGCAGCGGUAAUGAGAUCAGCUGCUGUCAGGGACACACAGGAAUAAUUGAAAGUAGCAUCGCUUUUGUGCAGAGUUCAGAAUUGAUAGUUUUUGGAUCCUGGGACGGGACUGUGAGGGUGUGGGAGGCAAGCAGCGGUAAUCAGAUUUGUUGCUGUCAGGGGCAUGAAGGAGCAGUGAAUAGUGUCAGCCUUUCAGAAGACGGGAAGUUGAUAGCAUCAGGGUCCACGGACGGGACUGUGAGGGUGUGGGAGGCGAGCAGCGGUAAUCAGAUUUGUUGCUGUCAGGGACAUGUAGGAGCGGUGAAUAGUGUCAGCCUUUCAGAAGACGGGAAGUUGAUAGCAUCAGGGUCCACGGACGGGACUGUGAGGGUGUGGCAAGAAAGCUCAUUUGUCCUAAAACCAUGUAGAAGACCAAAACGGCUGAAGUUCAGAUGA